CUACUGAAGCGAAGAAGUCAAUACAAGAUCCUGGGGAAAAACAUGAGUCGUCAUCUGUGGACCUUUGCUUCUUUUCUGGUGCCUGUGAUUUUAGGAGUCAUCAUCGUAUACCAGCUCGACUCGUUCGACCCGGUCCCGUACCCCGCUGGCGAGUUGACUCAGGGGAGCCCGGCGGUGGCCCCCAAGCGUAACGCCCGCAUGCACCAAGGUUCCGAGAAGAUAGGAGUUGGUCGGCUGUCGGGGCCGGAGGAUCUAGCUUACGACCCCAAGACGGGUGUGAUAUACACCGGGUGUGCGGACGGGUGGGUCAAGCGAGUCACCGUGAACGAGUUGUCGCCUGCUGACUCGGCUGUGGAGGACUGGGUUAACACCGGUGGCAGGCCGCUCGGACUCGCUCAUGGACUUCACGGUGAAGUCAUCGUAGCCGAUGCUGAAAUAGGAUUACUAAAUGUAACGUCUGACGGCAAAGUGCAGCUGGUGACGGACGAGGCGGAUGGCGUAAAGUUCAAAUUGACGGAUGCCGUAGACGUUGCAGAGGAUGGUAUGUUGUAUUUCACAGAUGCAUCCUGGAAAUACAGAAUGGAGGAUUUUAUUUGGGAUUUUUUGGAAGGAAGACCCCAUGGCAGACUUUUAAGCUAUGAUCCACACACUAAACAGACCAAAGUGUUGGUCAAUGGUUUGUUCUUUGCUAAUGGUGUUGCUGUCAAUCCAGACCAGAGCUUUGUCAUUUUUUGUGAAACUAUAAUGAGGAGGUGUAAAAAGUACUACCUCAAGGGUGAAAAGAAGGGAUCUAUGGAAGUUUUUAUUGAGAAUUUGCCAGGGAUGCCAGACAAUAUUCGUUACGAUGGUGAAGGCUUGUUUUGGAUUGGAAUAGGCAUGGAAUACACAUACGCCUUUGAGCUUAUACAGAGGUACCCAUUAUUGAGGAAGAUUUUGGGAGUGAUGGAAAAGUAUGGAGUGAGGCCAAACUUGGAGAAGAACGGAGGGAUUUUCGUUGUUGAUAUGGAAGGUAACCCAGUUGCUCACUAUCAUGAACAUGAUUUUACACUUGUCUCAACUGGAAUCAAGAUUGGCGAUUAUAUGUAUUGUGGUUUUGUAAAGUAUGGUUUCAUACUUGGCCUCAAUCUUACUCAAAACCCUGCAGUUGCAAGUGAAUAAUAUGGCAUCCAAUAGCAUAUUUCUUUUUUAUUUUUAACCAUUUCACAAUGAUUAUGUUUUGGUUGGAGACUUUUGUACUAUAUUAUAAGAUUUGGUACUCAUUAUAGUGUCUGUUUGCUUUUGCAAA